UCCCUUCUGUCUAUGUCCCAAGAGUGUGUUAUUUUUCGCUCUUCUAAAUCAAUUUCAUUUCCUUUUCCAACUAUCAAAAUCCUCAUUUUUGAUCCCUUUUUCUAACUUCCCUUCAUUUUUCCCUUUGUAUUUUGUUUCAAGAACCCCCAAGAUUGUUUUUUCCCCCAUUUUUGGGUUUAUAUUACAAAAAGAUCAGAGAGAAAUCAAACAGGAUUUUUGGGUUUCGUUGAGUUUUCACGAGAAUAUAAACAAUUCGAGUGAUUGAAGGAUUUCUUUUUUUUUUUCUGUUUGAAAAAUGGUGGUGAAGAUGAUGAGGUGGAGACCAUGGCCGCCUUUGGUUUCAAAAAAGUACGAGGUUAAGUUAAUUGUAAGAAGAUUAGAAGGGUGGGAUCUGGUCGGGGAAGGUUGGGAGAAGCCUGAGAAACUAAAGGUCGAGAUUCGAUGGAAAGGUCCAAAGGCUUCCCUCAGUUCCUUAAGGCGAACGGUUAAGAGGAAUUUCACCAAAGAAGUCGACGGCGUUGACGAGAACGGCGUCGUUGUGUGGGAUGAGGAGUUUCAAACCCUUUGUAACUUAUCCGCUUAUAAAGACAAUGCAUUUCAUCCUUGGGAGAUCGCUUUCUCUGCCUUGAAUGGUUUGAAGCAGGGACCAAAGAGUAAGGUUCCCGUUGUUGGGGUAGCAUCAUUGAAUCUUGCUGAACAUGUCUCUGCUGCUGAGCAGAAAGAGCUUGAGUUAAACAUACCUCUCAUACUCUCCACCGGUGCUGGAGAGCUUUGCCCCCGACUCUGUAUAUCGCUUAGCCUGUUGGAACUAAGAAUUGCUCAAGAAAUCAACGAGCCUAUAGAGCGAGCGUUAGUGCCUUUUGCAUCACCUCUCCAGUCUGGAGAAACUGUGACCAUGGAAAAGGAUGAGAUUUCUGCAAUUAAAGCUGGUCUAAGAAAAGUGAAAUUUUUUAGAGAGAGAGUUUCUACCAGGGGAGCGAAAAAAGCCUGUCGUGAGGAUGAAGGCAGUGAAGGAAGGUGUUCUGCCAGGAGUGAUGAUGGUGAGUAUCCAUUGGACACAGAUUCACUUGACGAUUCCGAGGAAGGAGAAUCGGAUGAGGUAAAAGAUGACUCUGUUGUCAGGAAGUCAUUUAGUUAUGGUACUCUGGCUGAUGCAAAUUAUGCUGGAGGAUCAGUUUACUCUAGCAUGAGGAUCAGUGAGGGAGAUGAGGAUUGGGUGUACUACAGUAACCGUAAGUCGGAUGUUGGCUGCUCAAAUGUCGAGGAUUCUGCUAAACUGGUGUCAGAGCCAUCCCUACUGCAGAGUUCCAAGCGCAGCAUUUUGUCUUGGAGAAAAAGGAAGCUGAGUUUCAGGUCUCCUAAAGGAAAAGGGGAACCAUUGUUAAAGAAAGGCUAUGGAGAAGAAGGUGGGGAUGACAUUGAUUUCGACCGCCGGCAGCUCAGCUCUGAUGAAUCUCAUGCACCUGGGUGGCGCAAGACAGAUGAUGAUUCAUCUGCAAACCGUACAUCUAUUUCUGAGUUUGGGGAUGAUAGUUUCGCCAUCGGAAAUUGGGAACAGAAAGAAGUGGUAAGCCGUGAUGGACGCAUGAAACUUAAAUCGGAGGUCUUUUUUGCUUCUAUUGAUCAACGGAGUGAGCGAGCAGCUGGUGAAAGUGCAUGUACAGCCCUUGUUGCUGUUAUUGCUGAUUGGCUUCAGAACAACUGUGAUCUGAUGCCUAUUAAGUCUCAAUUUGAUAGUUUGAUCAGAGAAGGCUCAUUGGAAUGGAGGAAACUCUGUGAGAAUGAAUCCUACAGGGAGCGGUUCCCUGACAAGCACUUUGAUCUUGAGACGGUUCUCCAAGCAAAAUUACGUCCUCUUUCUGUAGUGCCAAGAAAGUCCUUUAUUGGGUUUUUCCAUCCAGAGGGUGUGGAUGAGGGAAGUUUUGACUUUUUGCUUGGUGCAAUGUCUUUUGAUAACAUAUGGGAUGAGAUUAGUCGUGCUGGUUCGGAAUGUCAAAAUAGUGAUCUCCCCGAGGUUUACAUUGUUAGUUGGAAUGACCACUUUUUUGUCCUAAAGGUUGACCCAGAAGCUUACUAUAUUAUUGACACGUUAGGAGAGAGGCUUUAUGAGGGAUGCAAUCAAGCAUACAUCUUGAAAUUUGACCGCAAUACUGUAAUUCACAAGCUACCAAAUGUAGCUCAAUCAUCAGGUGAUAAGUCAACGGGUGAUCAACAGGUCAAUGGGAAGGAGGGUUGUGUUGCAGGGGCUGUAGUAACCAAACCUGAGAAAUCAAUCAAGAGUGAGGACAGUGAGGAGGUUGUUUGCCAGGGUAAGAAGUCCUGCAAGGAAUACAUAAAGAGCUUCUUGGCUGCUAUACCUAUUAGGGAGUUGCAGGCGGAUAUCAAGAAGGGUCUAAUGGCAUCAACACCACUGCAUCACCGACUACAGAUUGAGUUCCACUAUACUGAGUUCUCGCAACCACUACGUGAGACUUCUGCUUCUCCAAUGACUACAUUCGUGCCACUUUCAGUCGAAGUUCCAUUAACUGAAAUUGCUGCAUAGGGACUUGUGUAAAUUCUAGGAAAAGUAUGAUUACUCUUAACUUGGUUUUUUCUUUUACUUUUUGUAUCUUAUGACGUGAAUGCGGUUUAACAGAACGGAACCCUAUUGAGCUUUUUUUGAUCGUUUUGGCAAAUGUUGUGUUUCAUCUAAGUUGACUGGAAAUAUAACAUAAAAUUUUCUCA